GGAAAAGGCGUUUCCACGUUUCAGCAGCCGGUGACAGAGCGAGCCGGACAGCGGAGCAGCACAGGGACACAGAGAGCUACGGAAAGAGUCACGACACCUUCCUUUUUACCCCUUUUACCAUUUCUCUUUUUAUUCUCUCCAAACACUUGACUGACAGCUCCUCUACACACCGUGUGUCCCCCCACCCCCCCCAUCACGGCCUCGUCUCAUGAAACACUAAAAAAAAAAACUACAACUGAACAACAAGAAACGGACAAGAGUGGACUUUUUCUCGUUUCCUUUGCAGAACGUUUUUCCUCUCCAAAAAAAAAGCGACAUUCAUCCCCCCCCCCCCACCACCCCCCACCCCCCCACAGAGCUGUUUUUCUGUGACAUCCAGAGGAGAUUAUCUUCCCGUAGACACUCGCAUCUCUCCCUGUCUGUAGCUGACUCAUAUUUGCUGCGCUCAGGACCAUGGCGGAGUACAGCUCUCUGCUCAGCGACCUCUCUGACAACAUCACCAACGAAGACUUGGAGCAGCUCAAGUCGGCCUGCAAGGAGGACAUCCCCGAGGACCAGAGCAACAACAUCACCUCGUCCAAGGAGUGGUUCAGCUACCUGGAGAAGAACGACAAGCUGGCCCAAGAUAAUCUGUCGUACAUCGAGCACAUCUUUGAGAUUUCACGGCGACCGGACCUGCUGACGAGGGUGAUCGAGUACCGCACCACUGUGCUGAAGAUCUCUGAGGACGACGAGAUCGACACCAAGCUCACACGCAUCCCCUCAGCCAAGAAAUACAAAGACAUCAUUCGCCAGCCCUCUGAAGAUGAGAUCAUCAAGUUGGCCCCUCCCCCUAAAAAAGUGUGAGGUGAUGACCCCCAGCCCUAAUCUUUGCACCUUGAUUGCUUCACUCCUGGCACUUCAAUCAACCGACCGACCGUUUCUGACCAACCCUUCACACCCUCGCCUCACACUCACUACACACACACACAGACACAAACGCAUCCAGCCACAAAACCAUGGGAAAUACCACCUACAAAGCAACCAAUCAGAGAGUAGCGACGCAGUCUCUUCCCGAGACGAGAGGAGACGGGAAGCCUCGGGGGGGAAAGACAGUAGAAGAAGAAGAAGACGAAAUCUGGAGAGGGAGUGAUAGUGUUUGUGUGCGAGGAGAGAGCCAAUGUGGACCCUCCCUCGAUUCAAAGGCUGAGCGGGUCAGUUCUGAAUGAGUGUAAUCUGUAGACACUGUUCAAUCUGUGAUGCUGUUUUCAUCAGAGUGUGUGUGUGUGUGUGUUGUUGAAUGUUCAAACAAAUAACCAUGAAGUACAAUUUUUUUUUUUUGCCCAUGUAGAAGAUGAACCCUGCCCUCAAAACUUACCUUCAAACUGAAAUGGGGAAGUUUUUGAAGCAAAUCUGAAAAUGUGAGAAAGCUGCUAGUUAACAAUGGAAAAUAUUUAACCAUGUAUUGUAUGUACAAAUAUACAUAUGACUAACACAACUUAGCAGAGCUUAAUAUUAAUAAUGCAUUCAGUUUUAUUGGGCAAAUUAGUCUAAAAAGGUCAAAAUUGAGAUAAGACAUCUUCAUCUAACGUUAGUAAUGAGUGAAACUAUUUGAAAUCUCACACCUUUGACUGAUGUGUUUUGACGAGGGUGCUUGUUAAGGGUUGUUUAUUAAGAAGGUGAAAGAAGGUAGUUGACAUUUUGGAAAAGAUAGCCUAUAAUUAAAUUUAGCUUGAAAAAAAAAAGAGCUUAUUCGAGUUUGUAUAACUUAUGAGAAGAUGGGAAGGUGGAUAUAAAGUUCAUGUCUGUCUAAGACAUGAAAACUAAAGUCAUUAGCUGAUUAGCGUAGCUCAUUAGAGUCUUUGAAUGGGGAACAGGUGGAACAGCUAGCUAGCUAGCCAGCCUUGUAUUUAUGCUUUAGUUUUUAACGUGUUUAAAUCAAAUAAUUACAUAUAUUAAUUUGUAUUAUGUUGUUGUAUUGCAGUUAUAGAAGGCAUAUUUAUACUUUUAGACACAACUGGGCUACACUGUUUUCAGCCUUUAUACAAAACAAAGCUAGCAGGCCAAGCUAACCCAUUUAAUUUUUAGCAUACAAACAUGGGAAUGGUAUCCAUCUUCUCAUCAAAGUCUCAGCAAAAACGCAAAUGAAACAAUUAGCUUAAUUAUCUACCUAGCUACAAUGAGUGCAUUGUUAAUUACAGUACUACAGUUAUUAAAUUACCACCGUAUCGCCUCUUUUGGCUACAUUAGCAUGGGGCUGUAUCUGAAACAAAACCUGGAAUGAAACUGAAACGUCAGGACAGUUAGUGUUCCUCAGCUAGAGGUUCUUUCACCAUUCCCUUUACUCUUAUGCAGAUGAUUAUAUCAUGUUCAAGAGCCAAAUAAAAAAGCCUGAUAUUUUAGAGGACGAUAUUUAAAGUUGAUUUUGAAUAAGCCAAUAUUUGCCUUCAGCUUAUGAGUCGUAGCAAGAGUUAUUGAGAGAAGCUAUUUUGAUGGGAAAGUUAUGGACAAUAAUUCUGAAGUCUGAUAUAUAAGUUGACUGGAGAUGUAAAUAUACAAAUAAUAUAUUACAGGAAAAGUUAGCAUAAAUCAUAUUUUGGCCUGCGGCUCUAACAGCAAAUUUCCACGAUACGUUCAGUUUCACCAUGUCGGAUUUUUUGCCUCGAUUUUAUCUAAUCUGAAACUACUCAGUGUCUGUGACGGAUAGAGAUGACAAAAAGAAUAUUGAGAACUGAAACUACAUCUACUAUGGACUAUAUUAAAGAAUAUAAAAGUAUAUUUUGAAGAAAAGCAUAUUGGAUAUAUAUUUAGCGUGUAAAAUGUCUGUUUAUGUGACACUUAAAGAGACACUUAACUUUCUUUUUUACCCCUUUGUUUCCAUUUUAUUUGGUUACAGAAAAAAAAAACUGACCAGCUUGGAAAGAGGACAAACUUAGUAAGUUGGAGUUGGCGCAAAUCAAAGUAUCAGCAAUGUGUACUUGGCAUGAGGUGAUGAAACAUGUCCUUCAAUAAACUGUACAUACAACAGAUUAUAACAAAAAUCUGCAAUGAACUCAGCGGCUAACAACCCGCACAAACUUUUCCAUUCCCGCCAUGCAACAACAUAAAAAGCUAGCAAGACUGUUGAAACUAAACUAUAAUAACCGCUAUUUGAACACUGUGUCUCUUUAUGCUCUGCGCUGAAGCCUUAGCAGACUUUUUGUUAACCCCAAAAUUUUUCCAAACUGUGACAAACAACGUGUGAAGCAGAGACCGAUGCAUACACACAAACGCCAAGUUAAUCAAAACUCCCACUUUUACAGGGAGGGAUGCUUCUUUUAUUACAAAAUUUGCUAAGGACUUCGAUGUUGGCGUGUACAGAAUGUCUGUGGGUCUAUUGCCCCCAUCUUUGGUGUGAUUAACGUUGUAGGAUCAAAAAUUGACGACAUCGUAAAAAAAAAACAGUAUCAGUGUAUGACUGAUCCAUUUCCCCUCGUCCUGCUGCCUCCCCUCCCCCACCUCAUCACGAUCCAACCCCAGUGCCAACGACCAAGACUUUUUUUUAUUUUGUUAACAGAUCCCGUGAUCUGUUUUUGUUCUUUUCUUUUGUAUUGCUUGACGUAUAUUGUAGUGUUGGACUGAUUUGUAUCCUAUGCAUUUAUGUUUGUAGGAAAAAAAAACUGCACUGUAACAUAUCCUCCCAACAAAUCACUUAAUCUGAAAAAAAAAAAAAAAAACUCCAUCGUAAACGCAGGGUGUUUUUACAAGAUUCUUGUGUUGAAUCUGCAUGACUGAUAUUCAUGGUUGGGUGGCACUUGGUAAGAGGUAUUUGCAAGUGUCCGGAAAGACAAUACAUUGAGGGGUAAAAAAUAGUUAGACCAACUAUACUGUACAACUCCCAUUCUACUGUUUUGCAAGCAAAGUCUUCAGGUAACGAAAACAUACAAUAGACCUUUAAUGCCUGCAAUUACAUGGGGACAUUUCAAAGUUUACAAAAAGUGGACAUGUUUCUUUGCAUAAAACAUCAAGUUAAUCUAGGCCAGAUCAAGCUUUUUAUAGUACUGUUAAAGGAAUAGUCCACCCAUAAGUACUUAAACACUGCUAUGGAACAGAGGACACUUUUUAGUCUAUUGGUUUAUCCAAUGACGAUGGACUGCUGGUGACUUGGACCACCACUUUGCCAGGCCUAAUAUAUCUCAACAACUAUUUGAUUUAAUAUCAUGAAGUUUGGUGCACAGAUUCUUGGUCACCAGAGCAGAAAUCCUGAUGACUAAGGGAUUACCUGACUCCUUCUCUAGCGCCAUUAACUAAGGGAAAAUCAUAAAAACUUCUUCAAAACUUAAAAGCACCUUCAUUGGGACAUUUUUUAUUAGUCCAAUAAUUAGCUUGAAGCCCAAAUCACCCAUUUGCCUAAGUGCAGCCCAUAACCUGUUAACUUAGUGAGUCCAAAUCUGACUUUAGUUACAUUUUUGUUUUGUUCUUCCACAACGUUAACCGUCCAAUUGUUUUUCUUAAAUAUACAAAGAAAGGGCUACUUUUAAACGCAGUGUUAUAAAGAGAAACAAACAGGUAGAAAAUACCCCAAAUCAGGCUGAAGACUGAAGACAUGCUUAGUUUAGCCCUCUCUCCCUAAAAAAAACUUCUGGUAUCUGCACGAUUCUUCCCAGAUUUGUAAUUUAUUACAGUGUUUACGUUUUUCUGGGUGGACUUCCCUUCAGCGUCCAGACUAGCCCUUGCUAGGCCUGACCCCAAGAGAAGCGGUUGCUGACCUCCUGUAGCUCGAGCCUGUUGAAAACAAUAUGGGACCACUGGAUUUAUUCCAGAGCUGAAGUUAAGAGUAUUAAGAGUAUUGUGCAGGGGGAGGCAGCUAUACUUACUGCUAUGACCUGUGGGUAAUGGUCUUUCUCAGCGUUAAAAUGGAUGUGAACAUCGGCCAUGACUGUAGAUUUUUAGUAAAGACGUUUGGUGAUUAACGAACCAAAAGGUUUUUCUUUCCAGAUGUUAGCAUGAGUUUUCAUCAUUAUACAAAAUAUCAGCAAGGGAGGAUUUGGGCGAUUGUAUCUCUUUUUUGAUUGUUUUAUUUUCUUUUUAUUUAAAGUGCUAUUUGAAUCGUAUCCUGUGAAUUUAGAUGUAUGUGACCAAGUGACUUUUUUUUCCCCCCUCGCUCUCAGAAUUUCAGUAGGCAAUCGAGUCCUGUUAGCAACCUUGUGGUAGUUUGUCAGUCGCUACUUUGUCCGAAUAAUCAGUAUACAUCAAAAAAAGAAAAAAAAAACGUCUGUGUGAUGGCCUAGAUGCUCUUGGUUAGCAGCUUAUUCACUGGAGUGUGAAGAUUUCUGUAAGCAUCGAAAUGCAGCUGCAGUCCAUUAUUUUGUUUUCACAUCAACCCCCGGUUUCCUACUCAUCUAAUAUCAACCCCAAUCAGAAAGUCAUCACCAAACAGAUGUUGUAUUUGGCAUUGCUUAGCGUUUACUCUGUUGCCAAUUGGCGCAUAAUAUAUCAACAUAUCAGCCACAAAUGAUGUCAAAUUUGGAUUUCCACGUACCAAGUACAUAUCAACCAUACGAAAUGCUGCAAAAGGAUAAACCGUCUAAAAUAUGUUUAUUAAUGGUGAAUACCUGAGUAUAACUAACACAUAAUAAUAUGAAAUAAAAGACAGAUAUUGUGUGAAGGUAAACAUCAUGUAACAGUCGAUUCAAAUUCAUCCAAACAGAGUAUCAGUUUCCCUUUAGAAAAGUCUGUUUUCUUUUUUUCCUUUUGAUAGGUUGUAAAUAUGUAUUUUGAAUAUAUAUCACCGUGUUUGUUUUGAAAUUGAUUAAUUUAUUCAAUGCUUAUAAAAUUGUUGAUUUGACAUGUCCUGAUUUUGUGUUACUAACUGGAAACAAACAUUGGGGGAUAAAAACGUGUUGCUUAUCCAAUAUCAAGCAUCCAUGCAUCAACACUUUUAUAACUCAUGUUAUUCUUUUCUUUUAUGUUUGGCUGUUUCGGCUUCGAGUGAUGAUUUAUUAAAACAAACAAAAAGUGA